GCACAAAAUAAAUUACGUAUGGUUUCUGUUUUGUCAACAAAAAGUUGAGUUCAUUGCAUUUCUCGAGAAAAAAAGAAAAAUUCCAUUAAAAUAAGUAAAAAAAUAAACAAAGGGUAUUACAAAUUCAAAAAUAAUGACCGAAAUUAAAGAUGCUACUAUAAUUGUUAAAUGGAGUGGCAAAGAAUUCCCAAUAACCGAUCUAACAGAUCAGGACACAGUCGCUGUUUUGAAACAUGAAAUCUUUAAGAAAACACAAGUUCGUCCCGAAAGACAAAAACUACUAAAUCUAAAAUUUAAAGGCAAACUCGCUGCAGAUAAUGUUAAGAUCAAUUGUUUGGAAUUGAAGCCGAAUUUUAAAGUGAUGAUGGUCGGCUCGACGGAAGCCGAUAUCGAGGAUGCCUGUAAUCGCCCCGAAGGCAUGGCCGAAGUGAUUGACGACUUCGACGAUCCAGAAGAAAAGGAAGUGUCUGUAGAGAAUUCGGCGGUAUUCUUGGCCAAAAUCGCCAAACGCAUCAAAGACUACAAAAUCACAGUUUUCAAUCCACCGCGCGAGGGCAAACGUCUGCUGGUCCUUGACAUCGACUACACCCUCUUCGAUCAUCGUUCUUCCGCCGAAACAGGGGCCGAACUCAUGCGUCCGUAUCUGCACGAGUUCCUCACGUCUGCCUACGAAGAUUACGACAUAGUCAUCUGGUCUGCCACCGGCAUGCGCUGGAUCGAGGAGAAGAUGAAGCUGUUGGGUGUGAGUUCGCAUACCAGCUACAAAAUCAUGUUCUACUUGGACUUAAAUGCCAUGAUCACAGUUCACACAGCCGGCAGGGGAGUCAUUGAUGUGAAGCCUCUGGGCGUCAUUUGGGGCAACUUUCCGCAGUACAGUUCGAAGAACACCAUCAUGUUCGAUGACAUCCGGAGGAAUUUUAUUAUGAAUCCCAAGUGCGGACUCAAGAUUCGUCCGUUUCGACAGGCGCAUUUCAAUCGUCAGACUGACAAGGAACUCAUUAAGCUAGCCAAGUACUUGAAAGACAUUGCCGAAAAUUGUUGUGAUUUUAAUAAACUGAAUCAUCGUAAAUGGGAAAGCUAUAACGCUCGGAAGUAAAGUUUUGCUUUUAGUUACUUACUCCUAAGGUCGUUUUGGGCACCUUUUCUGAGUGCCGAUAUUCUCUUAACAGCAAUUGAUUUCUUACCUCAUUUUCAGUAAACAUUAUCCUAGCAUUAUCAUUUAGCGAACAGAAGUCAAAUGAGACGGGGAAAAAUUCGAAUUCAAUACAAAUUUCAAAAUCUUGUUCUAAAAAUGUGGAUUUUUUUAAAUAAAAAAUUAAAAUAUGAAGACUUCCCGCUUCGGAAUCUAGA